AUGGCACCCGUGUGGGAGGACUCAGAUACUGCAUCGGAAGAGAGCAACGAGGACUCUCCAUUUCCCAACAUACAUGGUACGAGGGUUAUCUCUGAACUCCAGGUGAAACAUCAGCCAGUAUCCAAACAGGAAAAUCCCAGUGUCUCCCUGGAACAACAGCCUGCAAGCAAAGCAGACAUCCAAAACCUGCUGAAAGAAAUGCAAGCCCUUUUUGCUGCUGACAUUGCAUUAGUCAGGGAGGACUUAGCCGGCAUAACAGCUAGACUGCAGACGCUGGAGGACUCGGGUGCAAUGCAGGCAGGAUGA